ACGCUCACACCCUACCAGAACAGUAUUCGCUAUACCCGGGACCAUUCACUCACCACACACGAGACGGAUACGCUUUGCGACUCAUGAUGAAACUGAUGACAUAAUCGACGCCGCACGGACCUGAAGCCCGAAUCGCCCACUUUAGAACAACGCCUUCCUCGCCUUCCGGGCCCGCGGCAUGGCUUGAGGGGCUUCCCAAAUACGCAAAUAUGGAUGACGGAGAUGACAUGGAUAUGUCGCUCGAUGGAGCCACGUCCAAACGUGCAUGCGAUUCGUGUAGGACAAGGAAAAUACGCUGUGAUCGAGCUGCCCCAUGUUCCAACUGCAAAGCGAGCAAGCUGGUCUGUACCACGACCGCACCCACCCAGAAAGCGCAGCGGCAAAGAGUUCACAUCUCUGAAGAAUACGAGAAGAAGAUUGAUCGCAUUGAAGACCGUCUUUCCAGCAUUGAAAAUGUCCUCGGCGCUCUGGCCUCCAAACUUGGUAAUCUCGAUAUUCGGGGAGCCUCCACCGAAACGAGCAGCCAGCCACGCUUAACGCGAGUUGGUUCUGGGAAGAGUCCAGGAGCAGUAGCCGAAGCGGUGACACCUGCACCUUUUGAAGGCGAGACGACAAUGAACAGCCAGUCAGACUAUGCUAGGGAGUUUGUCGCCCGAGCUGUCGGCAGCACUCCCUCCAUCGGUCAGGAUGCCGAGAUCAGGUCUGCUCUGACUGCUCUCGGAGAGCUGGUCACUCAACAAAACGCCGCAUCAGCAAACUCCAUAGUCAACCGACCGCUUGCCGACUUUGAUGCUGAGACACUAGAUCGGCCGCCUUGGGAUGCAGUGGGCCAUACCUUGUUGGAAGCUACUAAAUAUACGACGGUCUCCUCCCUCGUUGUUUUCCCUUUUCUCAAGAUGGAAAAUCUAGAAACAAUCAUUGAAGAUGCUUACCACAACCCAAGCUCGUGUGGGCCCGCCCGGCGCGUCCUCGCCUAUGGUGUCAUGGCCAGCUUAUUCACCGAAUUCAGGUCCUACCCAAUGGUUAACAUGGAUGUGACCAACUUUGGCGCAUAUGCAAUCAUGUGCAGGAAGCAUAUAGAAGUUGCCAUGAGCGAGCUCGACCUCUUCAUGCCGGCAAGUUACGAGAACAUCAUGGCCCUCCUAAUUGGGUCGGCAGAGGCAAUUGAGAUAUGCAAACCAUCUCUUUGCUGGGCCAUGAUAUCCUGCGCAGCUGGUUUGUGCCAGAGCCUUGGCUACCAUCGUAUCAACACCAUGGUCAACGACACGACCGAGAUGCGGAAAUCCAAAAUCCAAAUCUUUUGGAUGAUAUACAUGUUCGACAAAACCCUCUCAGUCCGCUUGGGCCGUGCGAGUGUCAUACAAGAUUGGGACAUAUCCCUGCCUUUCGACCUUCCCGAUGAUGGAUCGCCUGGCGACUCUGAAGGUCAGUUGCUCGCCUACUGGGUCAAGGUUGCGCGGGUUCAAGGACAGACUUACGAAAAGCUCUUUUGUCCGGCUGCUUUUCUCAAGUCGCCGGCAGAGCGUACUCGCACCGCGGUGGAACUGGUUGACGCCAUGAACCUAGCAUGGUUUGAGCGGGGGGAGGGGAAUGUAACAGACUUUCCUGUUCCAAGGGAUUACAACGGACGUCACCCCUACGCUGGUCACGGUGCGCGCCUCGACGCAAGUGAAUAUAUCCAAGGCUCAUUCGAGCGUAUCCAGGACAUAUUUUUUCAUGUCGACGUUGUGAUGCAUUAUUCCACAUGCUCGUUAAUCCAGCGCGCCGUUUCCCCAGACAAUGUUACCUUCAAUCAAGAAUGCCUAGAGUCAUCUCGGGCAGCCCUUGUCGCACACAGGCGCGCCAAUUUGCAAUUCAAUACCAAAGGUAACGAAGAGCUAUGGUCUGGAUACAUUCACUGGUCGAUCCUUCAAGCACCGUUCACCCCUUUCAUCGUCAUCUUUUGUAACGCUAUCCAAAAUGCCGACUCAUCCGACCUGGCCUCCCUCACCGACUUCGUCGCCAGCCUUGAAUCAUGUCGCAUGAUAUCUGAAGGUGCCGACAAACUGUACAAGAUGUGCCGUCUCUUCCUGCAAGUAGCAAAACUCUACAUCCAAGCGAAGAGGAGGGACGUACCGGUUACCCCUCAGCAGGCAUCGUACUCGCACAGAAGUCAACCACCUUACCAUCCAGCAACAGAUAGCACCCAAGUUGACCUUAACGCUAUGACGGAAUUUGAUCCUUAUCUUAGCGCUCUUGGUCUAGUGCCCAAUACAGCGUGGCCAAUACCGGGUUUCCCGAACGCAUCUCCAUCGUCGGGUCUAGAUGCUUUUCCAAGGAAUCAAGGCAUGGGAGGCGUUGUAGGCCCAGAUGCUACAGGAAUGGGCAUUGGGCCAUCGACUGCCACUCAAAAUUCGGUUCAAGAUUGGUUCUCGGGCUCAAGAUACCUGAUAAAUCUGAUGGAAGCAGGCGAUGAUUUGCAGAUGCCAGACCUGAAUUUGUGAGAGGAAAAAUUAACCAACGUGGAGAUCUACCGGUAUAUCCUGUUUGCAGAGUAGGCGAGCGUUUCUACGUUCAUUCUUAAUACCCACUCUUUUGUCUGUGUUCGUAACGACUUGAAACUCCUAUCCUGUAUCGACUGAAUAAGCUAAUCCAAGC